AUGGCGGCAUCUCGCUUUUCUUUACUAUCAUUUAUUGUUUACACCAUGCUUUCACAUUUUCUAUUAGUCUUCUGCUGUGUAUUUUCAGUUAAUGCAUUCACUCCUGUCACUCUAGAAGGAUGUGAAAUAACAAAAGGUUGCAUGAAGCCGCCAAUCUGUACUGAUGAACGGUGCUCUUUUAUGGCAACCUGGAUGAUUGUCGAUGUCGGCGGUAAUCUAUAUGUUGAAAUUGAAUUAAUGGGUGAUGUGAAAUCUCAGGGUGGCUAUGUUUCACUCGCGUUCUCAGAUGAUGAUGAAAUCGGAAACGAUGGUGUUGUUGGGUGCUACCAUGAGCCGACUUCCUCCAUUGUUGUUAUUAAAGCAGCAUACAAUGGGCACAAAUCUGACGAUCAAAGCGUCUUUUAUAGCAGCGAUGACCCCUCUAUGACUUCCCAUGCACUAGUAUCUCGUGUUCUAACCCACAAAUGUUGUGGUACUGCUUACCUUAGGUUCAACGUUGAACCACAACGUUUUGGGGUUGGCACACAUGACUCCUCUGGAUAUCCCAUUCUAAGAAACAUCUGGGCUCUUUUUUCCAGUUCAUCUCUCCAGAACUCUUAA